AUGCCUCAGGCCCAGAAGAGCGGGGAUCCCAGGACAGUCAAUCCAGCAAUUGUACCACAAGCAGAUAUCAUUUCGUGGGACUACGAGAAGAAAGAGCUGCUUGCCCGGCUGUCACUUCACAAGGGAAAAGUAGAAAAACUGGCCUUCUCUCCAAAUGACCUUUAUUUGGUGUCACUGGGAGGCCAGGAUGAUGGCAAUGUGGUCGUAUGGAGCAUAGCUAAGAGAGAUGCCAUCUGUGGCAGUCCUGCUUCAGCCCAAAGUGCUGGAAAUGCUACUGUCCUGGCUCUUUCCAGAUGCAGAGAUGAGAUGUUCGUUAGUGCUGUGAAUGGGACCAUUCGAGUAUGGGAACUGGAUUUACCAAACAGAAAAAUCAGGUCAACUGAAUGCCAAAUGGGGCAGCUCAAGAGAGUGAUCACAUGUAUCAUGGGAGAACGUGGUGAAGGGGAUAUAACUGUAGGAGUCUAUUACAGACCUAACCAGGAGGAAGCAUUUGACCAUGAAUUCUCUAAGAAAUUAGCAGAGGCUGCACGCUCUUGA